AAAGCAGCAAGCCCAUAUGACCAGCACAUGGGCGUGUGGUUUCUCCGGGUGCCGUCAUCAUCAGCACAGAUUGAAAAAAUUAGACUGAGUGAGAGACUGGGAGCGAGGGAAAGAAGGAGAAAAAGUGAGUAAGAGAGAGACUGUGAAAAAGUAACUAGUGGAGAGGAAGGCUGGAAGAGAAUGGGAAAGAGAGAUUGGUAGUGAGUGAAGGAAAGAGGCUCCAAGAGACUGGAAAAGAGAAUUGUGGGAGAGAAGAAGAGUAUAAGAGUGAAACUAGGAGAAAAAGAGAAGUAGAGAAAGAGAGAGAGAGAGAGGGAGAGAGGGGCUGGGGCAGAGACGACCCUCACAUGACGCUCACAGCUCACAGCUAUGGAGGGGGAGCGCAUUGCAGCUCUAAAGAGAUCUUUUGAGGUGGAGGAGGCUGACACAUCAACACAUCCUUCUGCUCCCCCAAGAAGAAUGCCCCAUCCAAACUUUCGCUCGGCUCUGUCUACUUCUGUGCAAAGAUCCCCAAACUCUGAUCUGCCCUUCAAACCUUCUGAACUGUCCAGCCAGAGAUCCCCCAAAAGCAGCCUUAAGAGGGUAGAGCUGACCAGUCCCCGUCUUGCAGAGCCAGUCUCUCGAAGGACAGAGGUUUCCAUUGAUAUGUCUACCAAACCAGUAGAAACAUCCACAACAUCCAUCUCCAGAUUUGGGCUUCGGAGGCCAGAGGUACAGACGCACAGAUCUCCAGAAGUGCUGCAGAAGCGGGUUGAGAUCAGCACUUGCAAAACAGGUGACUCUGUACUGAGACGGACUGAGCCACCUCUGAACAGAAUCCCAGAACCUCCCAUGAGAAAGGUUGAGCUGACAGCAACAGCCUCGGCAGGUGAUUUGGCCCCACGAAGCAGUGAAAUAUCUGUGAGCCGACCCACAGAAACCUCUGCAUCAGCCAGAACAAUAGAGAACAGUAACCAUACAGAAGGGAACAUCCAGCAGGUCCAUCCAGAGUCAAAGACACAGGUCCUCGGCACCGAGACCCCUGUGGCAGAAUCUAACCAAAGAAGUGCCAUGGCAGAACUCUCCAGAGAGUUACCCAGUCGACAAGUCCCUGCUACUGACUUCAGCUAUGUAGGAAUUGAUUCUAUCUUGGAGCAGAUGAGAAGGAAGGCUAUGAAGCAGGGAUUUGAAUUCAACAUUAUGGUUGUAGGGCAGAGUGGUCUUGGAAAAUCAACUCUGAUGAAUACUCUCUUCAAGUCUAAAGUGAGCCGCAGGCCUGCCACAAGCACAUCUGAGGAGAGAAUCCCAAAAACAGUUGAAAUUAAGUCAAUCAGCCAUGAUAUCGAGGAGAAGGGCGUCCGCAUGAAGUUGACUGUAAUUGAUACACCUGGAUUUGGGGAUCAUAUCAACAAUGAAAACUGUUGGCAGCCAGUCAUGGAGUUCAUCAAUGACCAGUAUGCACAAUAUCUGCAGGAAGAAAUUAACAUCAACCGAAAAAAACGGAUACCAGACACCAGAGUACAUUGCUGUGUCUACUUCAUUCCUCCUACAGGCCAUUCGCUUCGUCCCCUAGAUGUGGAAUUCAUGAGGCGGCUCAGUAAAGUAGUGAACAUUGUCCCAGUCAUUGCUAAAGCUGACACCCUGACCCUGGAGGAGAGGGACGACUUUAAGAAAAAGAUCAGAGAGGAGCUAAGUGAAAAUGACAUCGAUGUGUACCCCCAGAAGGAGUUUGAUGAGGAUGCAGAGGACCACUUGAUCAAUGAGAAAAUCCGGGAAAUGAUUCCAUUUGCAGUUGUGGGCAGUGACCAAGAAUACCAAGUUAAUGGCCGGAGGCUACUAGGAAGAAAAACUAAAUGGGGCAUCAUUGAAGUUGAGAAUGUUGCACACUGUGAGUUUGCCUACCUCCGAGACCUCUUGAUAAGGACACAUAUGCAGAACAUUAAAGAUAUCACAAGCACUAUCCAUUAUGAGGCAUACCGCAUGACCCGACUCAAUGACAUUAAGACCUAUACUAAUGGGAUGAAUGGACACGAAUCUACUGCUUGUGAAAUGUAGAGCCAUUCAGGUUUACCUGCCCCAGUAUCUUUCAUUGCCAAACAUCCAGGCUGAUUCAGGUGAUCACUGCUUCUUCCGGGACAGAGAACAAGGAUGUUGGAGGCAAGUGCAGUCAUUGGGAGACUGGUAUCUUAUAUUGUGGCUGCUUGUGAGUCAGAUGGCACCACUUCUGCUUCAUUUACUCACUAGGGAUGGAAGGAGUGACCACAUAUGCUUUUCCCUUUCUUUUCAUAUUUUCUUGCUGUUUUUGAGUGUUAUUUUCUCCACUGCAAAAUCUGCUUGAGUACAUAAACUAACAGAGGUGUCUGGUGUUCUUACCAUUGGUGGUUGAUCUGACAUAUCGUAAUGUGCAGCACUGCCAGACCAGUGUCCUUAGGCUGUUCAGGAUGGCAGCAGGAAGCAUGGAUAUAUUCUUAAAUCUCCAGCAGCACAACUAUCUGAAUGCCUUCUUUAACCUUUUCAUGCAACCAAUAUCAUUCCAGUCUGGAUCACUAAGAAUCUGUUGACAAUUUAUAUGCACAUUUAUAUGCAAGAUAUAUGUUUGAUACACCUUUUGUGUGAAAUAAACUUUUCAGAUGUA